AGCCAGACAGGCGCGAGCAUCACGCACAUUCGCUAGACGACCUCCCGCGCGCGUGUUCUUCAGUGUUCGUUUUCACGUUCGAAUCGCAGGAACCGUCGUACGCGCACACACACGGUUUCGCAUCGGCCAUCCGUUUUGCCGUCUUGUGGACACGCGCGUGUCGUUACUUCUGUCACGAGAAGAAAAACGGUAAGGGUCACGCAAUUUCUUCGGCGUCUGUCCCUGUGUCUCGUCGUGAUACAGCCGGACAGCUUCAGCCGCAAGCGUCCGCCGCUUUCCGCGUAUGUUUUCGUCCUUCGCAGACGACCGAGGGGAAUAGACGGUGUGUGAGUGCGCACGUGUGUGUGUGUGUGGUAGUGUUUGGUGUGCAUGCGUACAAGGUUGCUUGUGUGUUGUGUGUAAAGUCGUCGUAUUUGUCGCCGUCGUCAUCGCGUAGCUCGUUCUCCCGCACACCGGUGGCGGUGGAUAAUAAGCAGAUCGAGUGAAAAUAAGUAGGAUUGCACUCCAUUGCAUCAAUAAAUCUGGUAGGGUUACCACUUCAGGAGGAAUUCUCAUCGAUAAAAGCAUCGGCGUAUAAUACAGUGCACCAGGAUUCCGUUAAGUGAAAAUGGCAGCAAGUUACUGAAGAUUGAUGUUCAGAAAACGUGUGAUAAUGUGUUCUUAGUUAUUUUCAUAGUGAAGAAUUGUAAUUUAAAUAUUAAAUUUUAAAUUACGAGUGUGUGCUUGUGUGAAGAAAGUGCUCAGCAAUGUAGUUAAAAUUUUUAUUUCCCAUUUUCUUCGUGUGUGUGUGUGUGUGUGACAGGUUAAACCAAGCGUAUGUUAGCUUGCUAGCGAAGUGCAGGUGCUAUCAAAUGUGUGUGACGAAUGUGGCCAAUUCUUUCGCUCGUAUCUCGUUGGUGAAACAUGAAGCGGCGCUACGUGAUGUGGUGAAAGUGCUUUCUCCCAAUGGGCGGUAAACUGGCCCACGGUGCGAUCUCGACCAGCGGCUUCUGCUAAGUCCGGGUGCACACGUGCAUUUCGCCUGGGUGCGUGCGAGUGUGUGUGUGUGUGAGUGUAGCGUAAGAGUGUCCAGUGUUUAGACAACUUCUGCAAGUGCCACAGAAUGGGAUGCGGACAGAGCAAGAUCCAUCUCUACCCGAGGAAAAACAAGAGUAAAUCGAACGGAAAGAAAAGCGGCCAUAUAGAGGACGCCGAAGCGGACGAAGAGGACGGACAGAAUGGGCGGAGUGACGACCGGAGCGAUCGGGGCGAACGGGGUGACCUCAACGGCGAGAAGGAGAAGCUGGACGAGGAACAUUCGCUACGGGACGACGGUUCGCCGGAACCCCCGAACGGGGAGAUCGUGUCAAUACUCCGCAAAAAUGGAUCCCUGCUCCAGAGCCAGGAAAUAUCCUCCAGCCAACAGAACUUCUUCCGAAUGCUGGAUCAGAAGAUCGAAGAGGGCCCCGAUUACGACUCGAGCAGUGAAACGGAGCAAGCGCUGGAAGAGGCCCGCCUGAAUGCCCUGGUGCAGCACUGGGAGUCGGCCAGCCUGACCACGUCGAUGUGUUCUUCCACCAGUCGGUCCCUGCAGGGAACGCCGGUCCGACAGGUACCGCUCAGACAGCCUCCACUGAGGCCGCCGUUCCAGCAACCGCUCAGUGCCGAGCUGUUGUCCCAGCAGCAACUGCUGCUCAAGCAACAGCACCACCAUCUACACCAGCAGCAACAGCACCAACAGCAACAGCAUCUACAGCAACAGCAGCAGCUGAUCCAGCAUCAGCAACAGCAGCUCCACAACCUCCAGCAACACAAUCUACAAACGGCACAAGGUUCCCAGUCACAGCAGCAGCAGCAGCAGCCAAUGAUGCACCCGAACCUCAGCAUCGGCAUGAACAGUCCGAAGCGGAUAAUUGCCGCGGGCAAUGCGGUAAGUGUCGGUGGUAUGCCGCUCGGGGGCGACGGCCCCAGUCAACGGCAGCUGCUGUCGCAAUCCAUCAUCCAUCAGAACUAUGGUGUGAUACAGCCGUCCCAGACGACGCCUCAGCUGCGUCCCAGCUCAGGUCGCACACUACCCUCGCCGGUUCAGUGUUUGCAAAUGUCCUACUACCAGCAACAGCAACAGCAGCAACAGCAGCAACAGCAACAGCAACAACCAAACCAACAGCAAGCCCAAUCCCUUAGCCAACAAUUCCAGCAGCAGCAGCAAUCGUUACCUCCACAUUCGACGACGUCCUACUACAAUGACAUUCUGCGACAUCCGAUGCAGGUGAGUGAAGUUCAACCCUCCCAACAACAGCCAAUGCCGGCGGGAAUCUCGAACGUUUCGUCGUCCGUAGCGGCCUCACUCGCGUCCGCCUCGGUCGCAGUUGCCUCGGCCAGCGGUGGUACGGGCGGUGGUACGAGCGGUGCCGUCGGUGGUCCACUCUCGAUGUCGUCCGCCAGCGAGCCCCGCUUCCCACCCGCCAUCGCCGUACAGCGUCUGGCGCCCCAGGUCCAGCGGCAGUUACGCGAAACGCAGGAACUGAUAAAGGAUUCCUGCGUGCAGCUGUACGGAUCGGCGUACGGUACCGGGCCGGGACCGCCCGGCCCGACGGUACUGCCACCCGGGACCGGUUCGGUUCUGGCCCGGGCCACUGCCCGCCGGCCCACGCUCGAGACUCAGUAUUCGCAGGAACUAUCGUGAUAUCUAGACAAGUAGUGAAACAUUUCCUAUAAACGACGUCGACGACGAGGACGGCAAAGGUGUGGCGGAUAGCGGGAUGGGAGAUGGGCGAAAGACAGGACAGAAAAAUGGCGUCAAAAGCAACCAACCAAAAUCCGAUCCACUGUGUUCCCGCAUCCAGACUGGCUGGUCUCCCAUGGUCCUUCUCUUAAGUAUCGCUCUUCCGGAGUACGAGUGAGUUAGGUUUGUUUGUUCGUGAUGGAACGAAUCCUUCCCUCGCGUCUCGGCAAGAAGCCAGCUUCAGUUCUUUUUUUCGUUGUGAUCCUGACCACAGUUUACCUUAAGUUCUGCAACAGAAAAUGCAACUAUUCAUUUGGCUCCCAACUUCAGACUCUCGAGAUACCUACUCGCUCGAGUGGGAAGAGUUGGGCUCCUACUCUCUUCGCACGUUCAUUCCGAUAAUGCUCCAGGUCCAGGUCUCUUCUGACACACAGCUGACUUUGGCGCCCGUUCGAGCCAAUGUACAUAUUAACUUAAACUCUCACUAUACGAACCACAAAUUCGUCACAAACUUUUCCUCCUCCUCCUAAUGUGUGUGUGCGCCUGGUCGAGCUGGUCCUGGUGAUGCUGCCAUACAACUAGGUUUUGCGAAAAUACACCGGAACACCAAACCCAUCUACUAAAGCAAGAAGAGAAAUUAAGAGAACUGCUGGGGGGAAAAUCCUUCCCAAAACCACACACACGCAUACAUACACGAGCACCGGAAAUUCAAAUAUGAAGUCACUAUAUUAAAUACAGGAGUACAGAGACGAACACGUACGACGGACAAUGAACACCCGGGCUGGACACACGCGAGCAGUUGGAAGCGUUUAGAUAAAUUCUACACACUGUGUCCUGUAGGUGUCCUUGUCCGGUCUUGUUUCUUCCCACCUUUUCCCCCACACAAACACUCACACACAAACACGGAAUUAGAUUAGCAAGAGGAGAGGAUCAUCACAAUACUAGUUGUGUAGGAAUUAGAGAGAAGACUAAAAAAAAGAGAAAAACGGCUCAUGGCGCAACGCAGCAACAGAGGCAAAAGCAAAGAAAGGCUUUUCAAAAUUUUCACCCGUCAACAAAGGGGCAGAAAGGAUUGGAAAACAAACAUGAAGAAAAAUGAAAAUGAAAAACGAGCAGAACGGAGAGCUGGCAAGGAUUGAACAAAAGAAAGAGAUUAAAAAGGGAGAGAGACAGAAGCAUUAUUUAACUUAGCUAGUAUUAACUGUUUUUGUUUCCUUUUUAUUCUAACAACAACACAGGUGGUAAGAAUAAGUGUAGGAAAAAGUAAAUUAAACAAGCCAAAAGAAAUAGAAAAACACACAAAAAGGGUAAAACAUGUAACAACUAGAACUAACAAUGAUAAAAGCGUGUAGAACAACAAACAACAGUGAAAGAAACCAUUAAAAGCUAUAAAACAGAGGAAAGCAACAGUUGAAAGCAGAAGAUGAUUGGAGAGUAGAAACAAGCGUAUUGUGUGGAUUGGUUUUGUGCCUCGAAUGGAUGGAUGCUCGUUUUGAGCACAUUUAAACUUGCUUAUUUUGUUAAACUCUUACUAUUACCUUGCUUAUGAAAAAGAUUUCUUAUUAUUUUUUCGUUUUAUUAUUUUUACAUUUUUGUUUCGUUACUGUUCGCAAGAAGGCGGAGAAGGGAAGCGAAAACUCGAUCGCAGAAAAGUGAAACAGGAAUUAGAAGAUUAAUUAAACGUGAGCGUGAAGAAAGGAUUAUAAAGAAACAAACGAGAUGAGCCGCAUUCAGUAGCUAAUAUAUUGUGAAGCAAUCUUUUCUCUUCUAAAGUUUUACUUGUUGACAGCAAAAAAACAAAAUGCGAUGAUGUGAUGAUUUAAAAGAGACAGAAAACUAAAGAAGCAAAACUCCGAAUAGGAAGAAAACAUUUCGACAUUGCACCUAUAUAUAUAAAUGAAAGAAAAAAAGAAUUGCGACUUUUACGAUGAUCCUUGCACACCACCAAAACAUCACACUGAUAAGGUUAUUCAAUGCAGAUAGAACGAGACAAAGCGGAGAUUAAGAGAAGGAGAGAGAGAAAGAAACACAUAGAGUCGGUGUGCAUGCGUGUGUACUUUGUACAAAACAAAAAGAAAAUUAAUAUACGGAGGAUAUGAUGGCGUCAAACACGAUUUCGAUUCUAAAGGCUUUUAUCGAUCGCCCCUCGCAUCGGUGGUGAUGGUGGUGGUGAGAUAAAAAUUAAGCCAACGGUGUCUACAAUUAAACGAGAGUUGAUCGAUGGAUUUCGAGCCCGGCGUUCACCGCGAAAAGCGAAUUUUAAGUUUUCCAUUUAUAUUUUUCGCCACUAACUAAAAGGCCACGCAGCAGUACGUUACACAUUAGCCAAAUUUUAUAUCUCAGUUUAAGCGUUUAAGCGAUGCAACUGAUAAAACUGAUUGCAAUUAGCAAUAGGAAAACUAAGCUGGAGAGACUUUGUUUUCGGUGAAUUGAGAAGCAGAUCUAAAGAAGCUCCAAAUUAGAAUUAAAGCUGGUCAGCUGGUGUCAUGUUUGUGUUUGCUAGUCGCGAAUCGUUAUUCUUCUUCAUUGUACCGUAUGGAGUGCACCACACUGUAUCGAAGUAACGAACCGGCAGCUUCGUACACACACACACACACACACACAUACAAACACACUCUUUGGUUCAAGUCGAGGCUGGCGUUUUGUACACUGCAGCACCUGCAUAGUGCCCUGCGAAUAAUUUCCUUCUAGUCCUCUUGAUAAUGAUUCAUAGGGUAUAAGCCACGCACCACCGUUCAUCAACGUUUUACAACAGUGUCAAUGUGUUUCUUGAACGUUAAGAAGGAACGGUUGAAAACCCAAAACACACACACACACAUUAAUUUAAUGAAUAGUAAAAGCGAGAACAACCAAAACCAAAAAGAACCUUUAGUGUGUAAGAUGUUCAGUGUAAACCAAAAAACAGAGAAAAAGUAUUCACGCAAGAGGGAGAAGGAGAAAGAAAACACAAAUAAAGUAAAUUCCCAUUCUGACAAAGUCGUCGUCGUCCCCUUUCUACUAAGUGCACGUGAAAACCAUACAAUGCAAAAGCCCUGAAAAAGGAUUAUAAAAGUGUAAGAAAAUGGAAAAAAGUAAAAGGAGAAAGGAAGUGUAACCAUGCCAACUAAGCCGGUUAAGUAAGUAAAGCAAAAACAAAACGCAAAAUGAUUCUAAUGAACAGAAUAUGUAAUGUAACUGGAGGCAAAUGGAGAAGAAAUUGGGAGGAGAAAAGUGACGAUCGUGAAUUUUUUUUUUUCUGUUCUGUUUCUUCAUUUUUUCUAAUGAAAUCCGACUAUGUACAAAGCCGUGAAGAAAAUCGAUAGAGAAAAGUAAUUGAAAAAUUAUAUAAAAUUCAAUAAUAAAAAAGGGAAAAACUGAAUAACAAUGUA